AUGACAUUUUGCUCUUGUUGUGGCAAGCAACACAAAUCUAUUGCAGGCAAGGCUCCCGAACAAUUUCGUUUUUGCCAAGCUGAAAAGCAGAGAUCGGAUCAAUGGUGUAAUGAGUGCUACAAGAAGUAUAAGAACGAAGUUCCAGCAUCAACAACAGCCGCAUCUAACUCAUCACAAAUAACAAAUCUAUUCGACACACCAUCGGAAUCAUCACAACAUAUAAACCAUCACUCAAACUAUGAUACAAUCUUGUCACAAUUAAAUACGACUCAAAAUUAUGAAUCUAAUCAUGAAGCAAAUUCACAAAAUUCAUCAUCUCCGAUAACUAUGGACUUUCAACAUCAAAACAAUUCAUCACCGAAUAAUUUCUUUGAAAAUAUUACUCCUCAACAAUAUCAAUUCACCAAUAUUUCUGAAUAUCCUAAUAUUGACAAUAAUUUGAUACAAAAUUCUGUAAUUUAUUCUGUUCCUUCAUCAUGGAAUAAAAAUAGAAACCCGUAUUAUUUGUCGAAGACGACAUUUGAAUGCCCUGUAGUAAUAUAUGAUGCCCAAUAUACAGUGAUGGACAAGAUAGCUCUAUACAAUUUCCUAACUUCAAAAGGAUGCACUGUUUCGAAAGAUGUGCAUCAAUGGUUGAGAGAAAAAUUUGCAGAAGAAAAAUCAAUAAUCGAAUGCAAAUAG